AUGGGGAAGCAUAACAAAAGCGAUCGAACUGAUCCGAGGGACCGAAAGCGAAAGCAUUCGCGAUCGCGAUCCCCUCCUAGAAUGGAGCAUCUCUCUAAGGAAUUGGUUGCUCUGAAAGCCCAAAUAGAGCGGAAUACCGCUCGCUCCGUUCGCAGUAAUCAAUCAGCUGCUAGUUAUAGCCAAGCCUCCUCCUAUAGUCUGGAGAGUCCAGAAAGUUCAAAUGAAUUUUCCCAAGGUGGCACACCACCUUCCUCUCCGAUUAGUGGAACACCACCAUCACCUAUGGAAUGUGAAAUACCACAAAAUGUGUGAGAUCAUGAGAAUUUCUUCAACAAGCCCUUGAUCAGUAGCGUGUCCAAUAAUGUCGGCGAAUCCUCGAAAGAAAUCGAUGAUAAACAUGAAACCCACACGACGCGUCAAAUGAAUCUGAACCAACAGCUGUCAGACAUACAAAAACAACUGGUACUGAAAGAGAGCCUCGCUAAACAGCUGAGCACCAAUAAUCAGUACAUCGUCGACUAUCAGGUCCAAGAGCUCGCUCGCCUCAUAAAACUGAAGGCGAACGACGAGCUGCGCAUCACCAAACUGAACCAAGACAUCUUGCAAAUGAAACAGACGAAGGUGAAGUUGGUGCGCACGAUGCGCGACGAGUCGGAGAAAUUCCGGCAGUGGAAGAUGCAAAAGGAGCGCGAAUGUCAGCGGCUGAAGCAGCAGGACAGAAAGAAGGAUAACGAGCUGGUGAAGAUGAAGGUGAUGCACGACAAGCAACAGGUGGUGUUCAAGGCACGAGUGGAGCAAGCAGAGGCGGUCAAUAAGCGCUUGAAGAACUUGUUGGCUUUGAGGCAGCAGGCGCUGGACGCGAAGAAUACCGGCAAGGCCGAUAAGGUGGAACCUUGGUACGAGUUGUACAUGAAUUUGGUGGAAGCAGAAGCUACUUUGAACGUCUUGCUGGAAGACAGAGCCGUUCUGAUGCAGCAGCUCAACGAGUUGAAAAACGCUCCAGAUAGUGAGAAUUCCGAGGAGUGCAAGUCCAUAGAGGAGGAUCUCGAAUUGAGAUCGGCUCAGAUCCAUGAUCUGCAGCAAAAGCUCUCCGACUCUGACGAAGAACAAAGAUCGAAGCCUUUCUGGGAGAAAUUCCAAACGAUGGGCGAGGCUAAAUUCGGUAUGAAAUUUGUGUGUUUGAAAGCUGCAGACGCACAAGAAAAAAAUAAGCAUCAAGAGAAAUGUCUGAAGGAGAAGGAUGAAAAAUGUGCUCAGAAUCUUGUGGAUCUUCAACGGGAGUAUGAGGAGAAAAUAGCAAUAUUGUUGAGGCGAAUUAGAGGCAGCUGUGAUGAGAAUGAUGAAGCGUCGACUUACUCAAUUCAACAGAAAAAAAUCGACCAAAUGGAGGAGGAGAUUACACUGCUGAAAGAAGAAAAAAUGGCGCUUGAAGAUCUGGACAAUAGUUUAUCCGAUAUUGACGAUGACUUAGAAAAUGACCCGGAUUGGAGAAAAACUCCUUUGGCCAAACGAUUGCUGGAAGAAAAAAAGAAAUUUACAUUCGUAAGAUCUGCUCUAGAUUUCGACGAGGAUGAAAAAACCAAUAGGGCACCGAAAAGAUCUUCCGAUGGUGGUUGCUAUUGCAAAACCAAUUGCAUUACGGGGCGAUGCGGUUGCAAAAAAUUCGGUGGAAAAUGCGGAACUGGCUGUAAAUGCAGUGAAACUAUGUGCGCAAAUAGAGACGCGGCAUCUUCAUCUUCGUUAGAUGCUUCUGGGGAAGAGUUCAAAAAACCAAGCAUCGAGGAACUACCCAAGAAGAGGGAUAAAAAGAUAAAAACUAGGAAAUUCUUUUCUGACUUGUAA